AUGGCGUCUAAUGAUGAUUCGCUUGUGUCAGUUGUUUACCUGAAGCGGAAACUUCAUAAUACCCAUGAUGAAAGAGCUCCACCAACGAAGAUUACCAUGUUUCAAGAUUGUCUGUUGAGAAUUCCACAUGGAAAAUGUAUAAACCCUAAAGUAAUAUUACUUUUGUCAGUUAUUGCGCUAGGAAACAUCUUGUUAUGGAAGUACUUUAACCAUCCCACACUACAGAAAAUCAAGACGUACAGCGUGACUCAAGCAAAUGUCUACACGAAUUCUACAACGGAGCUUAUAAGCGAACCUAUUCAAAAUACGACCACCUUUCACCAAGAAUUUGGUGAUGAAAACCAAAGAAUUGUUGAAGCAGUACAAUGUAGCGAUCUUAUCAACGGAAAGCAUGUUGAUGGAAAAACGAUUUCAAUCAAAAACAAAAUCUUGAAGUCAAGAAUUGUACCUGACAGUGCAUUUUCAAAACUUGCCAACAACUGUACCGAGUUUGUCCGCGAACGAGGAUAUUUAAAUAAACCAAUCACGGGUGAAGAAAGGGAUUUCCCGUUGGCAUAUGGGAUAUACAUUUACAAAUCGGUUAACCAGGUGGAACAACUGUUGCGAACUAUUUACAGACCACAUAAUAUAUACUGCAUUCAUGUCGAUCGCAAAUCCCCGAAAAAUAUCAUCGAAGCUAUACAGAAUAUUGCCAAGUGUUUCGACAAUGUAUUCGUUCCACGUCGAGUUGCCAGGGUAACGUGGUGCUCGAUUGAAGUCGUGCGAGCUGAACUGUAUUGCCAGUCGGAAUUACUCUCCAGGAAUAAUCAAUGGAGGUAUUAUAUUAAUUUAAGCGGCCAGGAAUUCCCACUGAAAACAAAUUUAGAAUUGGUACAGAUACUCAAACAAUACGAUGGGAAGAACGAUGUGUUCAGCAAAUUGAAUCCAACUAUAGUCAGACAGCGAUAUCGAUAUGUUGUGGUUAAAAAUACGAUGAAAAACACCACGAUAAAACAUAACCCGGUAAUGCCACUGAAUUCUCCGAUUUACAAAGGAGAACUGCAUGUGGCGUUGACUAGAAAGUUCGUUGAAUUUAUCCACCAUACUGACAUUGGACGAGUCUGGUUCACCUGGCUCAAUGAUACUCUGUGUCCAGAUGAACAUUAUUAUCAAACCCUGAAUCGUUUGUCAAUUGCACCAGGUGGGGACUACCGCCUUAAUAGCUCCGUGGCCGCCAUUGCAGUGACUAGAUCUAAACUGUGGUCAAAUAAAAAGGCAUGUAAUGGCACAAUCGUACGAGAUAUAUGCGUAUUUGGGUGGAAGGCUCUUCCAAAACUCUCGAAGCGACCUGAACUAUUCGCCAACAAAUUUCACGAUAACUUUGACAGCUUAGUACUGAAUUGUCUCGAGGAAGUUAUUAAUAACCGAACAAACAACCCGGUUGAGCUAAAUUUAGAAUUUUACCGAAAUAUUUCUAUCGCGAAAUCAUGGAACGCAGUUUCAAACGCUGAUUGGCGGGGAAGGGGCAAUAAAGUGUUCUGA